AUUUUAUUUUAUCUUAAAAUAUGCAAUUCGCUGUAAAAUUGUGUUUUGGACUUGUAUUAGUUUUAUUCAAUUCUAAUAGAUUCAUAGUGGCGUUAGAUUGUCCUUGUCAAGAACUUCCGGUAAAAUGCACGACACCUCCACCUACUAAUUGCAAGGGAGAGGUCAUCACAGAUGCUUGUGAUUGCUGCCAUGUUUGCGCUAAAACUGUAGGAGAAGUGUGCGGGGGAUCGGAUUUCGAAAUGGGUAAAUGUGAAAAUGGUUUUAUAUGCUUCUACGAUUUCUAUUCUAAUCAAACGGAUGGAAAAUGUGUACUCGGAUUUCCUAGAAACUUACAAGAACCUUGCGGCGAUGCAUUACAGCAAGGAUAUUGUAAACCAGGUUUAAUCUGUUCACAAAUUAUGCCAGGAGUUAUGAAUAUGUGCGUUAUUCCCCCAAAAAAAUUACCAAUACAACAGAGGCACCAAUUUGUCGCGGAUGCUUUUGAAUCCUAUUGUCCUUGUAGGAAUUUAACGCGUAAAUGUGUAUACGCUCAGCCCACGGAUUGCGAAGGUGAUAUAAUUUCGGACCAAUGUGGGUGCUGCUAUUUUUGCGCCAAAAUGAAAGGCGAAUUGUGAUGGGGGGCAUAUCUACUAUUGAGCCAAUGUUCUAGCGGAUUACUAUGUAUACAAGAUAACAAAGAGGACAAUCUCCUAUCAAAAGGGAUAUGCACGACGGAAUACCCAAGAGAGGAAGGAGAACCAUGCAGUGAAGAACAUAUGCAAGGCAAUUGCAAAAAGGGAUUGAAAUGCCAACGCACGCAUCCAUCCAUGAUGGGAAAAUGCGUCAAAGAUUCAUAAAGAUUUAUUUUUUUAUCACAAAAAGAAGAAAUACUUGCUUUAUCCAAAAUUCUUUUUAAAAAAUAAUAUUUAAAUUUUAGUGCCUAAAUAUUAAUAAUGUGUAUGUAUUAUGCAAGCUUUCAA